UACUGUCUAUGGGAGGAUCAUGUGCUUGGAGAGCUAACUUUAGCUAGAUGAUCAUUGCACAGCAGUUCGCUAGAGGCCAGUAGUGCGCGAGCAGAUUGAGAACAAACACAAAUCAAGAAGAAUAAUUCUGCUUCUCAUACUUCCGGCCAUGGCGGAGAAGAAAACAACCGGUAACCGUGCGUCAAUCCGCUCGCAGGAUCCCAACCAGCGGCGCGUGCUGGACAGCAUGACGCGCCAUCGCCGUUUAACCCGCCAGCUCGAGGCGCUCGAGAAAGACAACUUCCAGGACGAUCCUCACGCGAGCCUCCCGCAGCUCGUUAAGCGGCUGCCGCAGUUCGACGAGAGCAACGAAUCCGGUAACGAAUCGAGCAAGCGGAGAAAGAAGACGAGGGGUGAUCAUUUUAAACAGAGGUUCCGUAAAAACUUCCAGGCUCUUCUUGAGGAGGAGGACUUGAGUGUCAGUGAGGGUCCGAACUAUAUGAUUGCAUGCGCUGAGCCCUCGAAGUUUCCUCAGCGUCAUUUCUGUGCAGUGUGCGGCUUUCCAUCAAACUACACUUGUGUGUCAUGUGGAGCUCGCUACUGCUGUGUCCGAUGUUUAGGAACACACCAUGAGACCAGGUGUCUAAAGUGGACGGUAUGAUUUGCUCCUCAACUGAACUCCUAUCAAAAUUAAAAUAAGCUUAUGGGUCAAAAUGCACACUUGCGAUUUAUGUCCCUCAGAAGCAUUACAUUAAUUUGCCUGCACAAUAAACAUGUUGAGAUGUAAAUCACUAGAAGCCUUUGACCUGACUGUUAAAAUAAUAACCUGUCAUCUCUGCACUUCAUUUGAAAAUUCACAUAAUAGGAUGAAACAAAGCAUUUGCAAAAAAAAAAAAAAAAAGAGCUGUUGAAGUAUUGUAAUUGGAGUUAAUUCUGUUCUUAUUAAAAUAUAAGUCAAUGCAACUGAAAAACUGCUGUUGACGUGUUUUGUACUAAAUGACCAUGAUUGGCAGGAAGGAAAGACUUGCAUCUUGUGGUUACAAAAGUAAAAAACAUGUUCUUUAGAAAGCAAAAUACCUAUUCACAGAUUUCAUAAUGAAAGGAACCUGCAGCAGUUAACAAUGUUUUUUGUAUAUGAAGUUUUAUAAUUUAACACAAAGUAUUGCUUUUGUUUGUAAAUAUGUAUACAUGUUUAUUGCUAUAAAAUGCUGUUUUCUGAAACAAUUAAAUGACUAGAAGUGGUAAAAA